AUGGUGAAAAAGAGAGCAGUCGGGAAUUCUGCUCAGGGAUCAAGAUGCAAAUCUAGCUUAGAAGGCUUAAUGCAGACGUUGGAGCAAACUGUCGUCCAGAUGCAAUACUUAACCUCGAAGCGUUGGUUUUUGGCUACAGUUUUGGUAUACAUCUUCGUUUCGUCGUUGAAAUUAGGUAAAGCAUACGAAGAUCAUCCUCAUUUAGGUGCUGCUGGCGUAAUUGCAAAGGAAUUCUUGCCUAGAGCAGAAGAUGAAGGAGAAACUGAUCAGUAUUUCCCACAAGCUGGGAUAAUAAACACUAAUCCGGCUAACAUUGUCGACAAGGCCCUCGAAUGUUUCCAUGAUAAUUAUAUUUACAGUAGCUGCGAUGAAACUUAUAGAUUAAGCCAAAUUGGAGAACUCAAUGUUCCACCCGAAUACACGGAUCAGUACUGCAAAGGACCGUGCCUAACUGAGACACACCAUGUGCUAGACUGUUUAGACGGCAUCACGAAACACACUAUAUUCUACAACAAGGCUACGCUAAGUGUGGUACGAGAAACUAUCAAGACAGGAUGUAGUUAUGGUCCUAAACGAGGUGACUUUAGUGUGGCUGAGCACCUCCAAGCAGAAGAGAAUAGCGCACGUACACUCUCUAAAUCUGUCAUAUACGGGCUUCUGCUAAUGUUUAUGACGUGGGGUGCCUUUUUUUAA